AUGUCGGAGCAAGAUGGAUCAAGAAAGGAAAAGAGCAAGCCAAGGGUAAGGGCUACAACUAUUGAUGAAUUCUUAAAAGAAAAUGGGAUAGUUGUAGAAAUUGACGGACUAAGCUCUGAACUAAGUGAUGAUGUGGGAGAUAGCUUACCACUUAAUGAAAAUUAUUAUUCACAUGUGAUGGAGGACGUUGAUGAUGACGAAGGAAAGCCAAAGAAAAAGAAAACCCAGGGAAAAACAACUUGCAAAGAGAUUUAUGCAAGAACUAUGGAACAGCGGGAAGAAGUUAUUUUUGAUAUUGGACAGCCAUUAGGACCCACCGAUCAAGGUGUGUCUAAUUUAACUAGUUUUGUUGGCACAAUUAGUAGAAAUAAAAGAUUUGAAGGUGCAUAUAACAAUGUUGAUAUCAUGCAGACCAAGUUUAUCCUCCCAGAUAAUGGAGAAAAGUGGGUGAUCCAAGCAAUUCGGGAUGCUUGGAAGCGGGUCAAGGGAAAGAUUAAGCAGAAGCACUUUGUUCCCUUUGAUACUAUCGAAGAUAUGGUGAAAAAUCGACCGACACAAGUUCCAGAAGGUCAUUUCAUAAAAUUGAUCUAUUAUUGGAGUCAUCCUACAAUCCAGCAGUCAAUGAGUGAAAAGAAUAAGAAACACAAAGAACACCAAAAGUUUCCACAUCGCAUGGGGCCAAUUAAUUUUGGAAGAGUACGAGUGGCUCUGCGCGCGACAAAGGAAACAAGUGACGAACCAAAAAGGUUUGAAAUGUUCAUUGCUACUCGAACAAGUCAGAAAAGGAAGGAAGUUGAUCAGGAAACACAAGAUGCAAUUGAAGACUUCCAAAACCGGCAAGCUGCUGGUGAAACGGAUGAGGAAGCUUUUGAGUCUUUAUUUGGAAAAGACCUACCAGGUCGGGUUAAGUGCUAUGGAAAAUCUGUUACACGAAGUGAUUUAAAAAAGCAUGCAGAAAUUUCUGAACUCAAGCAACAGCACCAAGAGCAAGUCACAUCUUUGAAAGCUGAACUUGGAAACAUGAAGGCUAAAUAG